GUAGCCAAAAUCCAGCUCCAACCAACGGCUACCUACUUGUGUGGGCCCAAUACACCAAAAGGAUAAAAAAAAAAUACAAAAAACAAAACAAGCUUCGUAGCUACGAUUCGGAAAAUUCGACCGUUGGAGUCUCUCACCCUUUAAAACCUCAAUACCAAACCUCUUCUUCAUUUUCCUUUUUCCCUCUUUUUCUGUAAAAUUCUCAGCUUCAUUUCUUACCUUAAACCCUUCACUUGCUGACCGUUACAAAUUAAUUAAACCCUAAUAAUUAAAUUAAAUUGCCCUCUCUUUGCUUGAUAAAUUCAUUAUUUUGCAGAGAGAGUGGCAUUUUAAUUUCACCCCAGAAAAAAAAUUCAAUCUUUUUGCUGAGAAAUUCAAGAACAAAAAAAUGGAGUUAGAACAAAGGAGGAAAAGUGGGAUUAAUCUUCCAUCUGGGAUGUCACAGACAUCCUUAAGAUUGGAAACUCAAAGAACACCAACUUCAAAAAUAGCAAUUGAAACAACCCCAUUUCGAUCAAAUCUAUGUUUAUCAUCUCCUAGAUCAGUUUCAUCUCCUAGAUCAAUCACUAGCUUAUCAGCAGCAACAUCGUCGCCGACAUCGAAGAAAUCGAUUUGCAGUGACAGAUUUAUACCUUGCAGAUCUUCUUCAAGACUUCAUACAUUUGGGUUGAUUGAGAAAUCACCAUCAUCAUCUUCUCCUAAUGCUAAAAAAGAAGGGGGGAAUCAUGAGGCUUAUACUAGGUUGUUAAAACAAGAAUUGUUUGGUGCUGAUUUUGUUGCUUCUCCUUGUUCUGCUGCAGGAUCACCUAUCAGUAGUCCUAACAAGAAUAUGCUGAGGUUCAAGAUGGAGUAUUCUUCCCCUAAUUCAGCUUUCUCACCUUCUGCCCUCGGCCGCGAUUCAGGGUUUUCUAAUGAGGUCUCUACCCCUCCUAAGCCUCCUAGGAGGGUUCCCAAGACACCCCAUAAGGUUUUGGAUGCUCCUUCAUUACAGGAUGAUUUCUACUUGAAUUUGGUUGAUUGGUCAUCUCAAAAUUUGCUUGCUGUUGGACUUGGUACCUGUGUGUACUUGUGGAAUGCAUCUAAUAGCAAAGUGACAAAAUUAUGUGAUUUGGGACCAAAUGAUGGUGUUUGUGCUGUUCAAUGGACAAAAGAAGGCUCCUAUGUUUCAGUUGGAACAACUAGUGGUCAAGUUCAGGUAUGGGAUGGAACUCAAUGCAAAAAGGUCAGAACUUUGAGUGGUCAUCAAACAAGAGCUGGUGUUCUGACAUGGAGUUCCCGUAUUCUAGCCUCUGGAAGUAGAGACAGGAACAUACUUCAACACGAUCUACGUGUCUCGAAUGACUAUGUUAGCAAGCUUGUUGGACAUAAAUCUGAGGUGUGUGGGUUAAAAUGGUCUCAUGAUGAUAGGGAGCUUGCAUCUGGAGGCAAUGACAAUCAGCUAUUGGUAUGGAACCAGCAUUCUCAGCAGCCAGUUCUGAAACUGACUGAGCAUACAGCCGCCGUGAAGGCCAUAGCUUGGUCACCCCACCAGAGUGGUCUUCUAGCUUCUGGUGGCGGAACUGCAGACCGUUGUAUUCGAUUUUGGAAUACUACAAAUGGGAAUCAAACAAACAGCAUUGAUACAGGAAGUCAGGUGUGCAAUCUUGCAUGGAGUAAGAAUGUGAAUGAACUUGUUAGCACCCAUGGGUAUUCUCAGAAUCAGAUUAUGGUGUGGAAGUAUCCUUCACUUGCAAAGGUUGCUACACUAACGGGACAUAGUUUGCGUGUUCUUUAUCUUGCUGUUUCCCCUGAUGGUCAGACGAUAGUGACUGGGGCAGGAGAUGAGACCCUUAGAUUUUGGAAUAUCUUCCCUUCUGUUAAAACACCGGCGCCAGUCAAAGAAACUGGUCUGUGGUCAUUGGGGCGAACAUAUAUUCGUUGAGACUAUUCGGAUUAAGUAUCCAAGAGUGAGCACCAGCAUAGGCGGCAUUAUGUCAAGGUCCAUAGAUAGCGAGUAAAUCUGUAUAGUGGAAUUUUGUAUAGUCAAAAAUUGGAAAUCUGUGACACGAAAAUGUAGAUGAAAUUAGUUUUGCACAAUGUAUUACACAUGAUACUCGUAAUUCAUUUGUCUGAAUUUCUUGUAUGUUUGGAUUGGAA